GCGUCCAAAAUAGUCGUACUCGUCGGAGCGGGCAUUUCUACCUCUGCUGGUAUUCCAGACUUUCGAUCUCCUGGUACGGGCCUAUACGAUAAUUUACAAGCUUUGAAUUUACCUUAUCCCGAGGCCGUAUUCGAUCUCGGUUUCUUCAAGAAGAAUCCGAAGCCAUUUUGGACCCUAGCCAAGGAACUUUAUCCCGGAAGACAUCUGCCUACCCCCACCCAUUAUUUCAUCCGUCUUCUCGAAGAAAAGGGGCUUUUGCGACGUCUUUUCACACAAAACAUCGACACCCUCGAGACUCUCAGCGGCCUGAACUCCGAUCGAGUGAUCGAAGCUCAUGGUUCAUUCGCCACCGCUAGAUGUCUUUCGUGUGCCAAGAUGGCCUCAAGAGAAUACGUGCUGCGUAAAGGAGUUUUACAUGGAGAAGUGGUGAGGUGUGAAUGUGGGGGAUUGGUGAAACCUGAUAUCGUCUUUUUUGGGGAGGCUCUUCCACAGGCUUUCUGGGAUAAUUUGGAUGUAUUCGAAGAUUGCGAUCUCCUAAUCGUCAUAGGUACUUCACUCCAAGUUAGCCCAUUUGCGAAUCUCCCAGAUUUCGUCAAACCUCCCAUCCCUCGAUUACUUAUCAAUCGUGAAAUCGUCGGACAAUUCUCUCAUUUAUCUCAACUGUCCCCAAAAGCCCCUCCACACCCUUUACCAUUACGAGAACUUCUUGGACCUGAUGUUGAUUGGGAUAAAGGUCGUGAUUGUUUCUGGCAAGGUGAUGCCGAUGAAGGUGUACGACGACUCGUCAGUUUACUAGGAUGGGAAAAAGAACUAGAAGAUAUAAUCUCUACCGGAAGAGAAGAAUUGAGAAGAAAAUGGAAAGAAGAA